AGAGCGAGAGUCUCCCCGGUUGUGUUGUAGGCGCGCGUUAUAAAGCGGAAAGCCCCGCCAUUCCCCUCACAUCGGAGCGCACCGAACGCUGCGCGCCCCAGCUAUCGGACAAUCAGGAUCUGAACCUGCUCACAGCUAUGACACUGCUGCUCCUUCUACCUGGAUUAACUCUUAAUUAAUUGCUCGACGCCCCCCCCCCCACCCCUCCUUCUAACGCCAUCCCCCCAACCCGCAGCAGCCGCACCAGCCUCACCGGCUCCUCCAUCCUGUCACCAGUCUCCAACUCUCAGCUUUGUUCUGCGGUCAUGGGGCGCGUUGUUUCCCUUUUGCCUGGCCAGCUGAGGGACUUGACCGUACUGUGAGGCGGAUACCAGGUGGAUUUAUGGUCGUCAGAACCGCAGUUUUCAGCCGAGGGAAAUUAGUGGAAGUUUGAGCUCCGGGAGGAUGCAGGUGACGUGCUGGUGCGCCGUGUUCCUCCUGACGCCUGCACUUUGCUUGGUUACAAGUGCCCACGCUUCAAAGUCAGAAAUCGUCAAGACCGGAAGCCCUAAAUCCACGCUAAAGCAUAUAUGGACAGAAAGCAGUAAGGAAAUGUCCAUCAGUAGGCUGCUGUCACAGACUCUACAUGGCAAAGAGAACAGCACAGCCUUGGACCUUCGUUAUGACACUCCAGAGCCCUACUCAGAGCAGGACCUGUGGGACUGGCUGCGGAAUUCCACAGACCUACAGGACUCACGGCCGCGGGCCAAGCGGCGGCCAAUGGUCAAGACGGGCAAAUUCAAGAAGAUGUUCGGCUGGGGAGACUUCCACUCCAACAUCAAGACAGUCAAACUCAACUUGCUGAUCACUGGUAAGAUUGUGGAUCACGGCAACGGCACCUUCAGUGUCUAUUUCCGCCACAACUCCACAGGCCAGGGCAACGUGUCCGUUAGCUUGGUCCCCCCGACCAAGAUAGUGGAGUUUGAUGUAGCAGCGCAGCAGUCCGUCAUUGAUGCCAAGGACUCGAAGUCCUUUAACUGCCGCAUAGAGUACGAGAAGGUGGAGAAGGGGGCAAAGAACACGCUCUGUAACUACGACCCUUCCAAGACCUGCUACCAGGAGCAGACACAGAGCCACGUCUCCUGGCUCUGCUCCAAACCUUUUAAAGUCAUCUGCAUCUUCAUUUCCUUCUACAGCACCGACUACAAACUGGUGCAGAAAGUGUGCCCGGACUACAACUAUCACAGUGACACUCCCUACUUCCCUUCCGGCUGAUGUCCCCGUAAAAUUCACUGAACAGCAUAGUGGACAAAUGGGGCACAGACUGGGGCUUCUAUCCAUCCCAGAGAAACGUGUAUGUCUGCCAUACUGUUCCUUAACAUAUCCAUACCAGAGUGUCAGCCAUCCCAAAUGAUUUCCCUAUUCAAUGUUCAGACUUACAGAGAGAGCAGUUACUUUUCACUCUUGCAAGGUGUGGUAUAUAGAGAUAAGAUGCUUGAAUGACCUAAAAUAACUCUGUGAUUAUUAUGUUUAAUAUCAGUUACCUGUGAGAAUUUUGUCCCUAAGUUAUGUUUUGAACCAUACGUAGAAUGCAGGGGCUUAUGGCCCUCUUGGGCUUGUACUUGUCAACUGUCAGCUACCUUCACUAUUACACUCUGCCCUUUCUUGUUGCUUUAUGUUUACUUUACACUCGUAGCACAACUAGAUUAUAGAAAAAAAAAUAGUUUUCUUUUGGCAUUGUUCAUAUGCAGUGCAUCAACUCUCUGGACAGCAACAUAUGGACUGUUUGCCCCUGCUGUGCUAUUUAUGCUCUGCAGUUUCUCCUGCAUAACUGAAAAACAAAAGUAACACCUCAUUUAAAAAAAUAAAUAAAAAUAAAAAAUAAAAAAAAUAAAAAAUAGAACUCCUCAUAUGUUUUUCCAAAACUUGCAAAGCAGCAGAAGAGGGCCGUGAAGAUUCAAAUGCGAGCUUGAUGCUUUUAGAAAUGUGAGGUGGUCUUGCCCACGUAGGGGUGAGCUGGGACUGAGCAGGCAUCUCCCUCUCAGUCAGGUGAGAAUAUAUGUUAACAUGCUCCGGUACUGUAACACUGUCAAUCCUAAGCCGUCAUCAGAAUGUUCUUUCAGGUGCAGCCGGAUGAAUGUCUGAUUACCUGACGGAUUGAUCACUCGGUGUCCAUGGGGGGAUGGGGCUUGCUCAUUGUCACUUAAUAUAUAAAAUGUAAUGUAUAUUGAAUUCUAUAUCUUAGAGCUUAAUUUGUAUGAAUGGUUUGUAUUGUACAUAGUUUACCCCAAUUAUGCUGCUUCUGUACAUGCUCCCCAUGAGCUGUGUGUUUACCCCCUCCUCUCUCCUCUUGUUCACUCCAUUUAUGCUCGUUCUUGGUUCCUCUAACAAAGAAAAUGAUGUUGCUGCCAUAGAUGUGAAUUUCAUGGAAACAGCAAUCCUGUACAGAAGCUGUAAAACUGACUAAAAAAAAUAUUAAAGUAUUCAUUGAAAUUUCCUUUGUUGGUGGGGUGGGGGGAUUGGGGCUGGAGAUGCGAAUUAAAGAAAUCAGUAAAUUUUAUCGGUCAAA